AGGGGCCCCAGCUCACCUUCUGGCCCUCCCAUCUUGUCUAUAAUUUUAAUUGCCACCUUUCUUUGGUGUUUUUUGGAAAAUGCUUCUUUGACUUUUGAGUAGGUCCCUUCCCCAAUGGUCUUGCCGAGCUGGUACCCAUUGGAGAGCAGAAAGUCCUCCAUGCUGUCUAGCGUCUCCUUCCUAUCACCCUCUCAGCUCAUGCUGCCUCUGUGAGGCAGCUCUACUCCACCAUAGCCCUUGGCCGGGUCCUUUUCUCCCCAAGGACUUCAUCCACAGCAGCCCCUAUCGCUAGAACAUUCAGCCGCAGAUGGUGGGGAGGGAGAGGGCCAGACAUUUUUAAACUCCAGCCCAAUUGUGAUGUAGAUGUAGUGUGACCCUUGGCCAAAAUGGAUAGUGCCCCUCUGCCCUCACCAAACCCAGCCCCGGUUAAGCAUCGCUGCGCCCCCACCCCCAAGCCCGGCGGCGCGUUGCAGCCCAGCCUGGUGCGGAGGCGCCCUCCGGCUGUCCGCGCCGCCCGGAACGCCAGGCUCCUUUUCAUGGACGCCACUGGUGGCUGUAGCCGCCCGCGCCCCCAUCGGGCUGCCGGGGGUCUGCGCCGCCCAGUCUCAAGGCGCCAUGGCAAGAACCCACCGGCUUCCUGCUCCCGGUGGGUGCUGGGCGGUGGGAGGGUUCCCCGGCGGGAGGAACGGGUUCUGUGAGGUCAGCACGCCAGGCCCGGGUCACAAUGCAGCCCUCCCCCUCGACGCCCGUGUCCGCACGCGCCGCAGACACCUGCCCGGCUCCGCCUGGACCGGAGCGUCCUUCCGCGGCCAGGACUCAGGCAGCUGCGUCCAGCCUGGGACUGGCCUCGGCCUCCAGCAGAGCGACCCGGGGCCUGGACAUGAGUGCCCAGGAGCCCCCUCAGGGUCGGAGAUUUCCCAUUGAGGCCGGAGACUCCCCUGGCCUUGCCGCCACCCCCGAGUCCCAGGACAACCCAGAGCCGGUCGCUACGGAGCACAACCGGGUCAGGCCGCUUCGACGCUGCCCGGGCUGCCACUGCCUGACGCUGCUGCACGUGCCCAUCGACGUCUACCUGGCUAUGGGCGGGAGCCCCCGGGCCCGCGCCACCUGAGUGCGCCUCGCACGUCGCGCGCGCCGAGCAUGAGACAAUGAUGCACAUUUUAAAAUAAAGAAUGAUGCACAUUUUAAUAAA